GUGCGUCUCAGGUACGUCAGUCGCGCGGAUGUGAAAUUCAUGCACGAUGAAAUCUUCGAGCGCGAGUGUUACGGGUUCGACGCGAUCGCGGACGGGGCGAAAAGGACGGGCGUCGUGAUCGACGUCGGCGCGAACGUUGGAUUGAGCGCGCUGUGGUUCGCGGCGAGGAGCGACGCGGUGAUCGCGUGCGAACCGAUCCCGAGGACGUUCGCGGCGUUGGUGGAAAACGUCGGCGCGCGGGAAAACAGGGGAGGCGAGACGACGACGAGGGACGCGGCGACGACGUGCGGCGUGCGAGGGGUGGAGAUAAAAGGCGCGGCGCGCGAUGGGCGCGGGAUGGCGACGGUGUACGCGCACGACGUCGGCGUGGGGGGGGAGAGGCGGGACGCGGCGGAUUUCGUCGAGUUUCCGCGCGCGGCGGGAUGGGCGACGCGCGAGAACGCGAGAGACGACGCGGAGACGACGGAGAAUUUGAUCGCGUACGUCUUGGACGCGCUGAGGGGCGACGGUGGUGGGGACGAUGGGUUGGAGAGUAACGUCGUCGUCGGCGCGGGACGUUGGUUGAGAGCGCGCGUCGCGGACGACGACGACGACGCGACGCCGCUUCGACGUCUCGCGAGCGUCAUCGCGAGCUUCGUUUUGCGCGUCGCCGUGCGGUGCGUCGCGGCGUACAUGCUGUCAGGCGCGCGCGUGGUGAAACGACCCGUCGUCACGGUCUCUGAUCUCAUCGAAGCGCACGGGCUCGAUUCGGUCGAUUUGUUAAAGAUCGACGUCGAGCGCGCCGAGCUCGACGUCUUGAACGGCGUCGACGAGACCGACUGGGGCAAAAUCCAACGCGUGCAUCUCGAGUGUCACGACUCAAAUUUCGAUCGCGCGGUCGAAGUGUUAAAGUCCAAAGGCGCGUUCGACGUCGUUCGCGUCGACGCCUUAUUCGGCUCGGCUCGUUUGCGCAACAUCCGCGCCUCCAGACGCGUCGCGUCGUAG